AUGCAAGUCGGAAAAGAAGAACGUUGCGAUAAGAAAGUGUUAGCUUCCAUUAAAAAAGAAUUCAAUCAAGUUAAAGAACGCUCACGGGACGAAAUUCCUAGUUAUUGUGUCCGUCUCUAUACGCGCAAUGUUUUUGUUAAUCGGGUAGUGAAUCAAGCGCUUCGUAACAAUGAUGAAAGUAAAUCGGAGGCAUUGGUGCCAUUUUGUUACUUACUGAGACAACAUAUUUACUCACCUUCGUUACCUGUGUACCGUGGAACAGUGUUUCGAGCUUGUCAAUUAGAGACAUCUAUGAUUGAUCAGUAUCGAGAAAUAGUUGGGAAAGGAACUGUAAGUUGGCUCGGUUUUACUUCGACGAGCAAAUCUCUGGAAAUCGCAAAAGCAUUUGGCUGUAAUACAAUUUUCGUUAUUGAUCUAAGCGAAUUUACUGAACGAUUUCGCUAUGGUCGACCGGUGAAUAUAUCAAGUAUGAGUAUGUUUCCGAAUGAAGAUGAAGUUCUUCUCCCUGCUGGGUUUGGAUUCACAGUGAAGAAAGUGGAACAUAACCUGAACGACGAUCUCACUUAUGUUGACAUUCAUGGCAUAGCACGUUAA